UAAGGAAUGCUGCUCUAGUGUCUGAGUGGGGUUUUCUUCUCUGCUUGAUGAGCCUGUGGGCGCAAUUCACAAAACUGGUAUUAAAGCCCAUGGCACAUAAGGAAUUUGCUCUACAUGGGAAGAUUUUACAAGAUUUGGAGGGGCUAAAGCUGGUCAUACAUUUAAAGACCUACUAGUCUGGAAAAGUCACCAGACAAGCAGAUCAAAAGUGAUAGCAAGAUAAUGUGUUUUUGUGACCGUCGAGUCAAACAGUCAAAUCACAAUCAAGGAAAAGCCAGCCAUCAGGACGAAGACUGCAUCGAGUUGCCAAUAUUCGGACAGAUACAAGUCAGCAGGCUCGACAGAUGGGCCAAUAAUCUGCUGGCUCGCUAUGGACGGACCGAUUCAGAAGCUUUUAUAGCCCCUUGUGUGGCCACCUUUAGCCACUAUGCCUUAUACAUAAAGUGGGCACUGCAUUUUUCCUAGGUGCUCUUGGGUUAUUAUACAUAAUAUUGGUACUGUAUUUAUCCUGCUGUGCAUUCUGGGUAUAUUAUUCAUGCCCUGAUAUGGGGUAUUGUACAUAAAAACUGCCACUAUGCUACCAUGAGUUCUGGGGGUAUUAUACUGUAUAUGGAAUUGACACUACUGUAUCUUUCCUGCCAUGUUUCCUUUAUCCUGUAAGGUGUUUUAGGAGGUACAGUAUUUUACUUUACUAGCGUCCUGGAAACAGGCAUGGCAGCAUUUUUCAGGCCUGUCAUUACCAGUUGCCUCAGGGCAGCAGAGGCUAAAACAUCCCUGAUUGUACCUCUGUCAUUGGUAGAAAUAGGUUAAAUCUUCAUUACUCCAAUAUCUUUAUAUAUUGCUAUGGGACGAAAAUGAGCUGCUGCCAAACAACUCCGGCAUCAAGGAGGUUAACAUGAUUGUGCAUUUUGCACUGAUAAGGAUUAAAGGGCAAGCCAGCAGUUACAGAGUAAUCAUUUUUUUUACAAGACAUCUAAACAGCAAGAGAAAGUCCAAAGUUCUUUUGCUGAGAAAGUCAGAAGAGACAUGGGACAGAGAUUCAACCCCCACCUCUCAGUCUUCAGGAUUGAUCAUUAGGACUGCUGAGACUUACCUUUCAGGGAUUCCUGUUGUGUAGGUUUGCACCAGGAUAGUAGUCUUGUAGAUCUGGAAGAAGAUGGGUGUUGCAAGGAGAAAAGAAGAUCUUGGUAAUGGGGCAGUGAUGGAUCCUGCAGCAAGGCAGCUAGUGCUGAGUGAGGCUGAGUUGGAGGAAAUAGCACCCAGAUCUCAGCGAGUAGGUCCUUCCACGUUAGCCAGAAUGAAGAAGAGGAUAAGAUGUUCCGGAUCAAUUGCAAAGUCCCUGCUCCUUAAAUUCAUUCCAAUCCUUGGCUGGAUACCAAGGUACCCAGUAAGGGAAUGGCUGCUGGGUGAUAUAGUAGCUGGGCUUAGCGUUGGCAUCAUUCAGCUCCCACAAGGUUUGGCUUAUGCUUUGCUGGCUGGAGUUCCACCAGUGUAUGGCUUGUAUUCUUCAUUUUUCCCUGUGCUUCUCUAUGCCAUAUUUGGGACAUCAAGACAUAUUUCUCCUGGCACCUUUGCUGUGAUUUCUGUGAUGGUUGGAAGUGUGACGGAAUCACUUGUGCCCUCAGAACUCUACACGUUGCCAGGAAAUGAAACGCUGAUUAAUAUAACUGCAAGAGAUAAUGACAGAGUGGCGGUGGCAUCAGCCUUGACAUUCCUAGUUGGACUCUUUCAGAUUAUGUUGGGUUUGGUGCAAGUUGGCUUCGUUGUAACCUACCUCUCUGAACCAUUGAUCCGAGGCUACACCAGUGCAGCUGCAAUCCAUGUGACUGUGUCUCAGAUGAAGAGUGUUCUAGGUGUGCAGAUCAGCCAGAGAAGUCACCCACUGUCUCUAAUUUAUGCCAUUGUGAAUCUCUGUGCCAAGCUUCCUGAGACAAAUAUUGCUUCUCUUCUCAUUGGAGGCAUCGCCAUCACGGUUCUGUUUGUUGUAAAGUUUCUAAACGACAAAUACAGCUCAAAGAUCCGAAUGCCCAUUCCAAUCGAACUCAUCACGCUAAUUGUAGCCACUGGGAUAUCAUAUGGUGCCAAUCUCAACCAAGUCUAUGGAGUGGACAUUGUAGGGGAGAUCCCAACUGGGAUGAAAGCACCAAUGGUACCAAAUGCCAGUAUUUUUGCUAGUGUGGUUGGCAACGCCUUUGCCAUUGCUGUUGUGGUCUAUGCCUUUACCAUAUCCCUGGCUAAGAUGUUUGCUGUUAAACAUGGAUACAAUGUUGACAGCAAUCAGGAACUGAUAGCCUUGGGGCUGAGUAAUUCAAUAGGAAGCUUCUUUCAAUGUUUCACAAUUGGGACAGCCAUGUCGAGAAGUCUGGUGCAAGAAAGCACAGGAGGGCACAGCCAGGUGGCCAGUGCUGUCUCAUCCUUGGUCAUCCUUAUUAUCAUUCUAAGAGCUGGGGAGCUGUUUCAAACCCUACCAAAAGCAAUACUGGCUGCAGUUGUUGUAGUCAAUCUCAAGGGUAUUUACAAGCAGUUUACUGACGUGCCAAUGCUGUGGAGAUCCAACAAAAUUGACCUGCUGGUGUGGGUGGUUACGUUUCUUGCCACAAUUCUGCUGAACCUGGAUAUCGGACUGGCUGUUUCUGUGGCGUUUUCACUCUUAACUGUUAUCUUCAGAACCCAGAAACCCCAUUACUCCAUCCUGGGAAAGGUUGACAAUACAGAUAUCUACAGAGACGUAGCCCAGUUUGACCAGGUAACAGAAAUACAAGGAAUAAAGAUUUUCCGCUCAUCCUGCACCCUUUACUUUGCCAAUGCCAAUCUGUAUGCAGAGUCUGUUAAAAGGAUGUGCGGUGCUGAGGUGGAUAAACUGAUUGAACUUAAGAAGAAAGCAAUUAAGAAGCAGAAGCAGCUGCAGGAGAAAGCAGAGAAACAGAGGAAGAAAGAAAACAAGAGAAAAGAAAAGGAAUUGGACUCCAUUGUCUCUAAUAGUCCUGCUGCCAAAGAGCCAGAGAUUCAGAUUGCGCCAGGCUAUGAAGCCUUAGAGGAUGCUGGCCUCGACUACUUUGGCUCUGAAAAAUGCACCUUCCACUCUCUUAUCUUGGACUUAAGCACAGCCGGCUUUUUGGAUACAGUCAGCAUUAAAGUUUUAAAAAAUAUAUUUAGAGAUUUCCAAGAAAUCGACGUGCAGGUUUACCUUACUGGAUGCCAAGCAUCCAUUAUUGAACAACUGGAUGUUGGGAACUUUUUCUCCAAGUCCAUCACCAAGAACCUUCUCUUUAAUUCUGUCCACGAUGCAGUCAUGUACAUCUCCAGGACACACAGCCGGCAGGAUAUGAAAGACAGUGAUACUUGCCUAAAUACGAAGAUAUGAUUCCUGCCGACUGCAACAAGAGUUCUUGGCUUUGUUAAGAGAAGCAUCAAUGGAAAGUGUUACAGUAACAAGGACAAAUGCUCAAUCUUUCACUUACGUGGGUGGAAAUCCAUUUUGUGUACAAGAUACUAGUAUUUUAAUCAUGAAAACUUUUUAAGAGAUAGAUUUUGGACUAGUACCAGUAGAACAUAUGUGGCAUCCUUAAUGCAUUAAACAGUGAGUGGCAGUGGGCACUGGUACCCCAAGCACAGUAUCAGUGUUGGACAGGCCCCUAGUAUUACUAGUAUUUUAUUCUUCAAACUUUUUAAAAGAUAGAUUUUUAAUUUUUUUAAAACAAACAUGGAAAGAACCCCUUGCCAGCUACUACAAUGAAACUAAAGGGGCGAUCAAACUAUCUCCUAAAUAUAGGAAAACGCUAACAAACCUGAACAUAAAUAAAGUUCCUUUUAUCUAUA